AUGCGCGCUCAAAAAGCAUGGCGGAUACCAACUGUACUGCGCUUAGCUGCGAGUCAUGUGCCGGCGAUCCGCUCGUUGAACAUCAAGCGCCAAAUGACCAUGCGAUGCCAAUCCUCGAAAGUACCAGCCCUGACAUGGUCAAAUGAGGGACGGUAUCUACUGACCGCUUCGCAGGACGGCUAUUUGGUGCUCUGGAAUCCGCACCAUGGCCAAAAGGUGCAGGCCAUCCCCACGCCUGUGCCGUAUGUCAUGUGCUGUGCCUACUGUCCCUCGGGCCUGCUGGUCGCGUCUGGUGGACUGGACAAUGCAUGCUCGAUCUACAAUCUGCGGCAUCGCGAGAGUGCGGUGGAUGUGCCCGUGGAGCACACACUCGUGGGUCACUCUGGCUACAUUAGCGCGUGUGAGUUUCUCGAUGAUUAUACAUUGUUCACGGCGUCGGGCGAUGGCACUAUCGUGCAAUGGGAUACAGAGUCGGAAACGCCAGUCCAUACGUUUUCCGAGCACCAGGGCGACGUCCUAAGCUUGGCCCUUUCGCCGACCAGUCCUGACGUGUUUGUCUCCAGCGGCAUUGAUUCGCAUGUGCGUGUAUGGGACCGGCGCACGGGCCGCGUGCAGCAUACGUUCACGGGCCACCGCUCGGAUGUAAACAGUGUGGCCAUGUUCCCCGACGGCAUGGCUUUGGCGUCAAGCUCUGACGAUGGAACGUGCCGUCUGUGGGAUGUGCGCUCACAACGUGAGCUGAAUAUCUACGAGCCUGCGACAUCAGCCUCGCCUGUGAAGUCAAUCGCCUUCUCACGCUCAGGCCGUAUGCUCUGUGCCGGCUACGAAAACCACAAGUGCGUGGUAUGGGAUACGCUGCGCGCCGAGGCCGUGGCCACGCUUACAGGUCAUGAUGCGCGUGUGACAUGUGUACGCACGUGCCCUACAGGGGAGCGAUUUGCUACCGCUGGGUGGGAUGGCAAAGUCGUGGUAUGGGGUAUCUAG